AUGUCGAGCGAUAUACCUCCUACCACUACCAGCCCCAUAUCUCUCGAGCGCCGAAACAGUCUUGAGAAGGCUAUUCAGAACCGGCCUGAAGCUCACGAACUGAGGGAGAAGCACAUUCUUCUUAGCAAUGCUGCGCCAGCUCUACAUGCUCAGCAACAAGAGCUACAGCGUCACCAAAUCACAGAUAGUCUGAACAAAGCCAUUGCUUCUCGUCCUGAAAAAGAAGAAUUGAUCGAGCGCAAUAUUUUGCCGGACUCCACUGCUGCUCCUGCCUUGCAGAGUCACCAGCGUGAGCUUGCCGCAGCCAUGCGUCGUGAUUCCAUUGAGAAGCACUUACAGACUCGACCCACACCAGCUGAGCUGAUCAAGGAAGGCAUCCUCGAAGCCAAUGAAAACCCCUUGGACGAACCUUGA